AUGGUCCAAGCAUUCCAUAUUCAUACCAUCAAAAUUAAGAGUAGUGAAGCCAUCAAGAGAGAUGAACAACGAAAUUUUGCAGAGGCUCUCAAACAAUAUGCCGCAUGUUUUUUAGCUCUCGGACAAGUCCUGAAAGAAGAAACACUCUAUGAAGAAUUGAAAACGAAUGCACAAACGUACAAACAAGUGGUGCAAGCCGUGAAGAUUACGAAAAUGUGUUUUGAACGAGUGAGUGAUAUUAUUGAAAAGGAAGUUCCAAAUGCAGCAAAUAACAAUAAUUCAUCAUCAUCCUCUUCGCCACCAAAUAUUGGAGGAAGUGGAGGAUCAUCCGCUUCCAUGAAUCACAACAACAUGACUCCACUCCAAAUGCCUCUGACCAUGUCCACCUCGUUUUAUGGUGCCACUGGCAGUAAUAGUUCGUCAUCGGGAUUAAUGACCUCUCUGACACCUCCAACUACCACCAGUGGUUCAACCAUGCAAUCACUCACAAAUUCAUCACUUGGUUCUGUUUCAGGAGGAAGUAAUUCGUCGUUGAGAUCAUCGACUUCUUUUGCUUAUCCAUUUGGAGUAUCCUCGACGAUGUAUAGCAGCACAACCCACUCACAGGGUUUGAACAAUAAUUCAUCGCCUUCACCAUUCAAUGCAACAUCUUCAUCCACACCAACAUCCCUCACAGCAUCCAAUUCGUUCAAUAACGUGUCCUUCCAAUCAUCCAUUUCUACUGCUUCGAACGCCUCCUUAAACUCGUCAUCGUUCAUGGCACAACCCUCUUCUCCCACUUUAACAGCCAUUUCAAAAUCAAAUAAUCCUCUAUCCAAGUCCAUGAUUGUCUCCUCUUCCACAAAUUCAACCUUUUACUCAAAUAGAAAGAGUGUUGAACUCUCGUCACCUAACAUUCAAUUUCAACCACCUCCAGGUGCAACAUUCAACACUCGGGCCCCAUCACCUGAGGCCUACAAACCAUCCUUGAGCGAAGUGACAUCUUUCGGUCUCGAUCCUGCAGAGCUUUCAGCAAAAGAAAAACGGAAAAGUCUUUCUCUUCAAGCAUUGGAGGGUGAUGGUGCUGAUGUGACUCGAGAAGGUGACAAUGCAUGGUCGAAAUUUGUUCGAACCAAAUUUAUAACCAAUUAUCACAAGGAGAGAACAUUCAAGACUCGAGACGAAUUGUUUGAUAGGGAACUAUUGGCUUUGGAAUCGGCUGCAGAUCAAUGGGAACGUAUUCGCUCACAUAUCUUGAACAUAACAGAUCUCAUUUCACAACAUCCAAUUAACAACUUGUUGAUUUAUUUUACUCAGAAAUUCAAUGAAGAAUUUCAAGUGAAAGAAGAUACUGUAUGGUUGAGUGUACACGAUGCCAAUAAGCAAAUUUCUGAAUUGGCCAGUGCUAUCGUUGUUGAGCUCACUCCAUUAUGGGCCUGUUUACAAAUGGCAGAAUUACGUCAUUAUGUCACUAAAGCUCUCACAGAAGGUAUUGUCAAGAGAGUGUACCGUACACUCGUGGAGGUUUAUGAAACGCAGCAGCAAAAUAAGACCAUUGAGGAAAAGUUAAAUGCUAUUGGAAUUGUGACAUUACAAGAUUUGGGAGUAGACGACGCAGCCAUUAUUGAAGCUAGCGAUAGUUUUGAACCGGCCAUUCAAAUUCUGGAUAAUAUUAAUGUAGGGAAAACACCAUACGCAGCCAUUGACUCUCUCGUUGCCAUGUACGCCAAAGUUAUUGAACUUGUGAACAAUGUCUCUAAUUUUGAUACCAUCUCAGACACGACACUUUAUGGAUUGAUGCUCUACAUUAUUCAAUUAUCAAACACACAAAAUCUUCCAAGUACCCUUAAUUUAAUUCAUGACUAUGUGCAAUAUGAGGAAUUAUCUCAAGACGAGAAGGACAUUAUUUCCUUGUUGGAGAAUGUGAUUGACUGGGCUAAUCAAUUUGAAGUGUAA